AAGUGAACAACUUCAAUUCCAAUUCCAAAGUGAAGAACCAAAGAAAUGCAAUAAAUUUUCUAUUUCAAAUUCUUAAACCAUACAUAGAAUUUGUCAUGGAAAACAUCCCAAAACUACAACUGGAACGUACACUUUCAAUUCCAACAUGCUUUCCACAGAGAAACUCAGUACCAAGCACUACAGCAACAUCAGACGGAAUUUCUUUGAGAAACAGCAGCAAUAAUACAAGAAGUUCUAGUCCACAACAUGCUGUUGCAAUUCAAUUUAAUCACGGAAUCGGUCAAGCUGAAGCCACAGUACUUCCUUCUCCCAUUCAAAAUGAAUCUGUCUCUAGGCCUAUUGCUCCUGCUCCUCAGACGCUUCCCACUUCCUUUCUUAGGCCCAGGACUAAACCAAUAAACCUUACCAUGUAUGCGCCACUCUGCCAAGCAGCAUUAGGCGGUAGUUGGGAAAAGGCUAGAAAAAUUUUCAGUCUGCAUCCUGGUGCAACAUCAGCCAGGAUCACAAAAGGGUGGGAAACUGCUCUUCACAUUGCAGCUGGGGCUAACAAGGUUCAGUUUGUCGAAGAACUGGUUAAACUUAUGAGUCCACUGGAACUGGCACUGCAAAACAAAUACGAAAAUACUGCACUUUGCUUUGCUGCUGCAUCGGGACUAACAAGGAUCGCAAAAGUUAUGGUAAUGAAAAAUCGAUUCUUGCCAAUGGUGAGGGGCAGCAAGGGAGUCACACCACUGCACAUGGCUGCUCUACUAGGCCACAGAGAGAUGGUGUGGUAUCUUUAUUCAGUGACAGAUCAUCAGUAUCUAAGCAAAGAGGACUAUAUUAACUUACUCAUUGCUACUAUAAACUCCAAUUUAUUUGAUGUUGCUUUACAUAUACUUCAGCAGAUGCCUGAAUUAGGCAUUGAACGAGAUCAAAAUGAAGACACGAUACUCCAUGUCUUAGCACGAAAGCCCUUGGCAUUUUCUGACAAAAUUGGAUUUGGAAUCUGGCAAAGACUUGUUUAUGCAUAUGUAUCUGUUCAUUUGCAGAAUAGAUCAAGCAACAUGUCCAGCAGCUCAACGGAAAAAAACAAUACCAAGGCAUACCUGAUCAUCACAAGGGUAAUUCAGCAUCUACUAAAAACAAUCGGAGUCAGAAAAGUUCUCGAGACAAAAUUAAUGCACUUACAAGCCCUUGAAUUGGUAAAAUGUUCAUGGAAAGUUCUCUUGUUGAAUGAUUCACAAAUUGGGAACUUACUUAGAAGUCCUUCGCGGCCAUUGUUUGUAGCAGCAGAGUUGGGAAAUUUGGAGUUCAUAGUAGAGCUUAUUCAGUCUUAUCCAGAUAUCAUCUGGAAGGUUGAUGAGGAAAGCCGGAGCAUCUUUCACAUUGCUGUCAUUCAUCGACAAGAAAAGAUCUACAAACUAAUCUACAAUAUAGGAUCACACAAAGAUAUAAUUAUGUCCUACAAAAGCACAAAUAAUGAGAACAUUUUACACUUGGCUGCAAAGUUAGCUCCUACAAAUCGACUUGGUAUUGUAUCAGGUGCAGCACUCCAGAUGCAACGAGAGUUAUUGUGGUUUAAGGAAGUUGAAACAAUUGUUCAAGCCUCAUAUAAGGAGAUGAGAGACUCAAGGGGUCGAACACCAGGAAUGCUGUUCACCGAGGAGCACAAGGAAUUGGUCAAAGAGGGAGAGAAGUGGAUGAAGGAAACUGCAUCAUCUUGCAUGCUUGUUGCUGCACUAAUUACAACAGUAAUGUUUGCAGCAAUCUUUACUGUGCCAGGAGGGAACAAUAACGAUACAGGCACCGCUAUUUUUCUUAAAGAGAAAGCAUUCAUUAUUUUCUCUAUGAUGGAUGCACUGGCAUUGUUUUCUUCAGUAAUCUCUAUAUUGAUGUUUUUGUCCAUCCUCACUUCACGCUAUGCCGAAGAAGACUUCCUAUGUACUUUACCAAAAAGGUUGAUCAUCGGCUUCAUCACGCUCUUUGUUGCUAUAGCAGCAAUGUUGGUAGCAUUUUGUUCAAGCUUUUUCAUUGUGCUUGGACAUCAAAUGACCUGGAUUAUCAUUCCAGUGGCAGCACUUGCUAGCAUUCCUAUAACUUUAUUCGCAUUUCUGCAAUUUCCUCUCUUGGCUGAUAUGAUCACAUCUUCCUAUGGUUCAGGAAUAUUCACUUUUACAAGUAAGGAUACAAUUUAUUGAUUUUUUAUAAGUGCGAUGUUCAUCUUCUUGAUGCAAA